AUGAACCCCGUUCCCACGGUGGAUCACUGCUCCUCCGUCACACCGGAGCUCCUCCGUCACACCGGAGCUCCUCCGUUACACCGGAGCUCCUCCGUCACACCGGAGCUCCUCCGUCACACCGGAGCAGCACCGGAGCGAAGCCGCGACGCACGCCGGUUUGUGGUGAUCCUUCCAGCAUGUGCGGCGCGGUGGGAAAGCGGUGGGCUAAACGGAGAGGCCCCCGGGGAGAAGAGGCCUGAACGCCAGGAUGGAUCGUGGAGCCAUUCGACUGACGGAGGGGACGAAGGUGUCAUUAGAGCUCGCAGUCCGGGUGAGGAGCUCCGUUUGGAGGCCUCCGGCGGCGGGUCGGAGCCUCGAACCCGCCGCCGGAGGAGCUGGCUCUGGAACCAGUUCUUCGUGAUCGAGGAGUACCGAGGGCCCGAGGCCGUGCUCAUCGGACGGCUGCACACGGAUAUGGACCAAGGAGACGGACGCACCAAGUACACACUGGAGGGGGAGGGCGUGGGCUCCGUGUUCGUGAUCGAUGGCAACACCGGCAACAUACACGUCACCAAGUCCCUGGACCGCGAGGAGAAGGACCAGUACCACCUCGUGGCCACCGUCACGGACCGCCAGACGGGCCGGGCCCUGGAGCCCUCGUCGGAGUUCGUCAUCAGGGUCCAGGACAUCAACGACAACCCGCCCGUCUUCCUGGACGAACCCUACGUGGCCGUGGUGCCGGAGAUGGCCAACAUAGGAACGUCCAUAAUCCAAGUCACGGCCAGAGACGCCGAUGACCCCACAUACGGGAACAGCGCCCGGCUGGUCUACGCCAUCACCCGGGGCCAGGACCACUUCUCUGUGGACCCUCAGACAGGCGUCCUGAGGACGGCGCUGCCCGACAUGGACCGGGAGACCCGGGACCAGUAUCUGGUGGUGCUGCAGGCCCGAGACAUGGGGGGGCACCUGGGAGGCAUGUCGGGGACCACCACCGUCACCGUGAGGCUGAGCGACGUCAACGACAACCCGCCGCACUUCAGGAGGAGUGCGUGGUCCUUCUCCGUGUCCGAGCUGGCGGCCCCGGGCGUGGAGGUGGGCCGGCUCUCGGCCACCGAUCCGGACCUGGGAGACAACGCUCUGCUGGAGUUCGCCAUCCUGGAUGCGGAGGAGGCCGAGAUGUUCAACAUCACGGGGAGAGACCGGGAGGCCGUCAUCGUGCUGAACCAGCUGCUGGAUUACGAGAGCCGCAGCUCGUACACGUUCUCCGUGGAGGUCUCCAACCCGAUGGUGGACGCGCGCUACCUGAGGAAGGGCCCCUUCAAGGACCAGACCACGGUCCGGGUCAUGGUCCUCAACGCCGACGAGCCGCCGCGCUUCUCCCGGGGCCGCUACCACCUGGACGUGUCCGAGAACUGCGCCCCCGUGUGCUCCGUGGGCCGGGUGGACGCCCUGGACCCGGACACGGGCCAAAGCAGCAACAUCAGGUACUCCGUGGACCCCCAGUCGGACCCCGAGGCCCUGUUCCGCAUCGCCUCCGACACGGGCUUAAUCAGCACGGUGAUGGAGCUGGACCGCGAGCAGGAGCAGUGGCACAACAUCACCGUCAUCGCCACGCAGCGGGACAAUCCAAAUCUGGUGUCGAGGGUCGUGGUUGCCAUAGAGACGCUGGACCAGAACGACAAUGCGCCGGAGUUGGACCGGCAGUACACGACGUCUGUGUGCGACUCCAGCGCCGCCGGCCAGGUGGUCCAGGUUCUGCGAGCCAUCGACAGGGACCAGGGGGGGCAGGACACCCCGAUCCACUUCAGCAUCCCCCCAGAGUCCAGCUCCGCCCUCAACCUCACCAUCAGGGAAACCGGAGGUGCGACAGCCAGCCUGGUGCUCCAGUCGGCCCUGGAGCCCCUCCCCAGCUUCUCCUCGCCCUCACUCGCCCUCUACGUGCCGGUGGUGCUGCGUGACGGCGCCUCGGGUCUGACCCACACGGCCACGGUCACCGUGACCGUGUGCCCGUGCCAGAGGGGGGGCAUGCAGACCGAGGCCCGGGGGAGGCAGACGCUGUGCCUCCCCCGGGCCUCCGCCUCCCCCUCCCUCGUGUUCAGCCUGAUCACCAUGCUGGCCUUGCUGGCCUGCGUCGGCGCCCUGCUCGUGGUGUGCACGCUCUCGCUGUCGCUGCGCCAUCAGAAGCGAGCCCCCCGCUCGCCCUUCGAGGAGGACGACGUCAGGGAGAACAUCAUAUCCUACGACGACGAGGGGGGAGGGGAGGCGGACACCUCGGCCUUCGACAUCACGGCGCUGCAGAGCAUGCACCGAAUGCGGCACAUGCACCACAACAGGAACAUAUGGUACACCCAGCAGAACGCGCCGAGGGACCGGACGUACAGCUGGAACCGUAACCCGGGCCCGGCCCCCCAGCUGAGGCCCGGCUCCGCCCCUCUGUACGGGCGCCUCUGCUACGGCGUGCACACGCUGCCCGUCCUCAGGGACUACUUUCCCGCGGGGGGGCCGCUGGAGGCCGGUGUGCAGAUGACCCGCGGGCUCGCCGGAGGUCACGUGGGCCGUUCCCCGGUCGUCCCGAACCAGAGCGGCUUCGAGGCGCCGCGGCGCUCCCCGGAGACGAGCCCCGCCCCCUACGCGGCGAGCAAAGUCACGGCCAGAAAGGAAGGCGGCGGAGACAUUGAGGAUCCGGCUAAGGUCAGAGCACAGGGCUAG